CACAACAACAGAAUGACAUUGGUUAGAUGUUAUUCUGAUGUCAGUGUACAUUCAAAUUGGCCUGUUGAUUAAGAUUAAAAUAUGUGAAGCAACUGCGCAUGCGUCAGAAAACAAAUAUGGCACCCAGCCUCCGGACCUGCAAAUAACGUAGAACGUACCGUCUAGAACACGUAACGCAGACAUCGAUAACAUAAAACGUGCUAUAACUAUGUGACUUACGAAACACUAACAAGAGUUUCCAUCUACAAAAUCGUGAUUUGGAAUAAAAUAACGCACAGAAUAAAGAAAUUAAAAAGAUACAAAAUGAAGCAGAUUAAAGUCGGACUGUUAUUUCUACUACCCAGUUGUUCUUUCAUUGUUCUAUUACUAUAUUACUGGCAUUACUCGCAUCUGGAGCCAGGUUUUCGCCAAGCUCCGACAAUUACAGCCCAGCCUCUAGCCUCUACCCGAACCCACAAAGUCGUGCCCAUGAAACAUAUGAAUCUUGACGAGUUAUAUAAAGACGACAAAGAACCAGAAGACAACUUUUUAAAUGAAUACAGAACCGUGUACGCUGUGAACACGCCAGGGUGCCAAAUUCCAUUCAAUAUGAUAAAUUACAGGAAGCAAAUCGAAUAUGAUAAAAAACAUAAACAAAAACAAUUUGACUGCGGAAAACGAGCGGUUCAUAUAAAGAAAAUUGACGGGGAUCGAGUACGAGCGACGGUCAACCCAUUGGUAAUGAAAAAAUAUCUAAGGAAAAGCGCCCGUUUUGAUUGCUGUUACAGAUUUCUACAGCCUCGCCCUGGUCACGAAAAUACCAAAAUUAAGUAUACGCUAUGUGUGAAAUUUAGCACCGGUGCCACGAUUGUUCUUCAAACUGAUUUCAUAAACGUGAGAUGUAUUGAAUACGGUGUGAGGAACAAGACACAUCUGGUAUAUGACGAUUUAUUUGCCUUCGCCAAGAAGAUCAAUAUGACAAACAAUCAACAAUCUUGUAAUAACAGCUACAAUGUACUGAUUUUGGGCAUGGACUCUAUGUCUUUGCCGCGGGUCGUACAGACUAUGCCAAGAACUACGGAUUACCUUCACAAGAACUUUUGGUUUUGCUUCCGUGGUUAUCAUAAGGUGGGCGAUAAUACUUUCCCCAACGUAAUGGCAACUUUAACUGGCCAUAGCAUGCCAUUCAUAUCCUCAAAAUGUCAAGAUCAAAUGGACCAGUGUAACAAUAUAUUAAUGUGGAGUAAAUUUAAAGAUAUCGGAUACGUCACAGCGUACGGAGAAGACUUCUUGCGUUUACCUGAUACUUUCAGUAAGCGCUACGCAUUUAAUAAAACUCCGACCGACCACUACAUUAGGCCAUUAUUUAUCAAAGGAGAGAAAGAGGUAAAUAAUAAACAGCUAGUAUGUGCAGGAAAGAUAUCCGCUGGCCAGCAGCUUUUGGAUUAUGCUGCUGAUUUUGUGACAACAUAUCGAAAUGAUCGCUUCUUCGGAUUUUUUUGGAUGAACUCAUUCAGCCACAACACGAACAGUCGACCUCAGGAUGCAGACAGGCUACUGGAGAAUUUCUUUAACAAAAUAUCGUAUACCGGUAUCCUUGAAAAUACGUUCGUCAUUUUUUACAGCGACCACGGCAUUAGAUUUGGGCCAUAUCGUCAGGAAUUAGAGUCGUACUACGAUGGGCGGUUGCCUUCCUUUUUUAUGCGACCGCCGACAAUGUUCAAAACUCGGCGCUGGGAAGAAUAUAAGUCGCUUGCGGAUAAUCAAUUUAAAUUAGUGACUCCUUACGACCUGUUCAACACGUUAAUUAAUAUAAACGAGUUGUCUAGAUGCAAGAGUAUAUCUAACGUGAGCGUUUCACGCGGCUGUCCGAAUUGCCACAGUCUGUUCAUGCCAGUUAAAACUUCACGGACGUGCCGCGACGCUGCCAUUCAUGAUAUGUGGUGUAGUUGUCACCAAUUGUAUCCCCUAGAUAAUAACGACGUUCAAGGCAUUAAGAGCGUGCUACUAGCGAUAUCUCAUAUCAAAACUUUAAUCAAAUCUAUAAAAACGAAUCAUUGCUGGCAGUGCCUGGACGUGUCACUCAAAAACGUCCUUAGAAUACAUUUCUAUUACGAUGGUAGUAAAGAUAAUAUCUAUUAUGUGGUUGCAUUCACUACGGCGCCAGGUAACAUGUCUUAUGAAGCUGUCGUGAACAAAUCACAAUUAAUCGGUUCUCUGAGCGUUAUAUCGCCGUAUAGAGGAUUAGGAACGUGCACAACAGACCGUCGAGAAGUUGCAAAAGCGCGAUUGUAUUGUAUAUGUCAAAAAAUUCAAAAUUGCACUUAAUAAUUGCGAUCGUUUACUUAUGUUAGAACCGUUUCAUCAUUCAAGUUUUCUGUAGGUAUAUACAGCAGGACAAAGCGCUAUGAUGCCAGCACGUAGUGAUUUAAUCAUUUUUGGAACAAACCAGCCUAGCCAAGAUGACAAUUAAUGGUUGAUAGAAAAUGCCAAUCGAAAUCUAAUAAUUAAUGGAACCUAUGGAAAUAGAUAGUCACGUAACUUUACGUGGCAUCCGUUAUCCCGAUACAUCUUUUCGUGGCGUUUGUCGACGUACGAUUCUCAUCUUGGCAUCCGCAUUAGACGUGCGCGCCGCCGCGGCGCGCCGCCGCCAUAAGGAGUCAGCGCGCCGCCGCCGCCGCCGGUAGUUUAAAAUUCGCGCCGAGACAAAACCCGCAAGAGAUUACAAGUUUAAAAUCAAUGAACAUAAAGCGCGUGCGACGCGUGCCGUGGAGCACAGCGAGCGCCGGAAAACUCGCGUCCAAGCUCAAAAGCUCGCCGUUCGUACGCCUGCCUCCGAGUAGCUUUAGCGUUCCGUUUUUUUAAUUCGUUGUAUGAAUCUGUGUAUGUAGGCUGCUCUGCUGGCACUAGAAUCCCUUGAGUCAAACUCAAAACUAGUCCAGAACUGUAAAACAAACCUCAAUGCACUGGCUUACUCCAACAAAGUCACACUUAGAUGGGUACCAGGGCACUCCGACAUUAACGGAAACGAACAAGCGGACGAACUUGCUAGAAAGGGCGCAGACACACCCCUGGUCGGCCCAGAACCGUUCUGUGGAAUCACAAAACGGGAUGCAUGUUCGCUGCUCAGCAAUUUAGAAAAAGUAAGGGCAAACGAUUGGUGGAAGUUCGUAAAAGGACAAGAACACUCGAAAGCUCUAAUCAAAGGGUUUAACAGUAAAACUGCUAGGGAGCUUCUAUGGCUCAAAAGACACAAAGCCUGCGCGGUGACCAGAAUUUUGACUGGACACUGUAAGUUGAACAAACACAUGUUUCAAAUUGGAAAGAAACAAGACGCGACAUGCAGGUUCUGCCAUGAGUCAGAGGAGACUGCAAUGCACAUUCUCUGCUCCUGUGGACCACUAAUGUCAAAAAGAAGUACCCACUUAGGGCGGCACAUUACGGCCCAAAGAAUCUGGAAUUUCCUGGAUUCAACGGGCAUCAGUAAGGAACUUUAAAUGGCUGUCACAAUAGAUCACUACCUGGUCGACGUGGCACUCAAAGGCCCAAAAAACCCCAAUAAUAAUAAAUGUAGUAUUGAGUUGUUUGUACCUGUUAGUUACUGUGUUACAGCAAACAUGAGAUCAAAAGCGGCUAUUGAAAAAAAUAAGUUAAAUAGACUUUCGGUAGCAAUAAAUUUUACCUCAAAAACAAAAGUUGACCUCUAUCUGACUGCUAACGAAUUAACUCCAGCUGGUUUCUCGGCAGAAUAUGCCAAAGAAGUAAUCCCUUACUACGAACAUAAUCAACCAUUAUUACACCAGGGUCAAAAGGAAGAAGCGAGUACAAGUAAAGUUUCAAUACUUUCCCAACUCUCGCGCAAAUACAGCAUGCAACACAGUUCUCAUGGUUCCGGCUUCGAUGAUGCUGUUGACCAGGAAGCUUGGAAAUACCUAGCUACUGCUGAUCCUGCGGAACUUGAAGACGGGGACAUCUUGACCUACUGGCAAACCAGACAAUCUGCCUACCAGAGUUUAUCAUCAUUAGCACAGGCUCUGUUAUGCAUUCCAGCAACUAGCACUCCGAGCGAAAGAGUGUUUUCGGUUGCUGGAUUGCUUUUAACAGCCAAAAGGUCCCGGCUGAGUCCAUUUAGGGUGAACAAAAUAAUUUCUGUGCACGACAACUAUAAAAGUUGCAAACAAAAUAUUUCUGUCAUGAAAAGUGAUUGAGUCAUCUUUUCAGUUCACUUUAUAAAGUUCUUUCGCUUAAGCGUGGUUUUUCAUUAUACGUCUUAAUAUGCAAAGUUGAAAAUUCCCACGCCGCCGCCGUGGACUUUUUCGUGGCGCGCCGCCGCCCUAUUUUUUUCGACCGGCGCGCACGUCUAAUCCGCAUUGUAACACUAAAAGCAUACCUACCCCUAAUUUUUAGGCCGGUGGUCUAAGUACGAUUGAUAUCUAACUACCUAGCCUACCUAGUCUGUCGCUUAGAUACCUAUGUGAUUAUUUUUCGCUAAACUGUGAUAAUGACCAAGUGCGAUAUUUUAUUUUUAUUGUAAUACAACCUAAUGAUUUCAU